AUGAAGUACUCCGCCGUCCUCGUCACCGCCCUCGCGGCUCUAGUUUCCGCCCAGGACCUCUCCGCCUUCCCCGCGUGCUCCACGGACUGCAUCGCCGACGGUGCCAAGGCUGCCGGCUGCUCGAACACCGAUUUCAAGUGCAUCUGCGAGGCCAAGGAUAAGUUCGUCUCGGGCGCCACAAGCUGUGUCGUGGCCGGCUGCGGAAUCGAUGUUGCUCUAGCUAAAGUCCUCCCCGCCGUCGACGCGCUCUGCGUUGCCGUGCUUGCCGGAGGCAGCGACGACACCGCUACUACCUCCUCCACGGCCGCUACCACUACUACGGAGGACUCGUCGUCCUCCACGGAAGCUCCCAGCACCAGCAGCACCGAGGACGCCGUCGUCUUGUCGACGAGCACGACUGCGCAGGUCACAUCCUCGGCCGCGCCGCACUCCAACACCACGACCACCUCGGCCGGCCCCUUCACGCUCCAGCCGACGACGACCAAGAGCUCCACCACGACCAGCUUCACUGCUGGCGCCGCCGUUGCCAGCUCCAUCGGCUCCUUAGGCAUGCUUGUCCUCGGCGCUCUUGCCGCCCUCUAA